GUCUGGAUUCACUGGUGAAAGUCGCUACUGUCAGUAAUAAGACUACCACAGGGUGGUCUGUCAAUGAUGCCGACACUUAAGACACAAAUCAGAAGGAACAGAGUGAAGUUUUUAAUCAUGCAUUUUGAGUAUUCCAUCAACGAGACGAGAUUCCUGUGAAGAAGCCUUCGCAUGGACAAAUGGCUCCAAGAUAGGAAGCUUUGGCUUUUCGGUAGCACACUUCCCUUGCUACCAAGGAGGUCACGCGCGCCGAGCAAGGCGAUGGAACGGUACGAGCGAUUAGCGCGGCUUGGAGAGGGUAGUUACGGUGUUGUCUUCCAGUGCAGAGAUCGGCAAACUGGAAGAUUAGUAGCUGUGAAAAAAUUCCAACAAACCGAAGAUGAUCCCCUCAUACGAAAAAUUGCGCUACGUGAAAUACGGUUGCUUAAGAAUCUUAAGCAUCCGAAUCUGGUCAAUCUUCUAGAGGUAUUCAGACGGAAACGGAAAUUGCAUCUAGUCUUCGAAUAUUGCGAAUACACGCUGUUGAACGAGAUGGAGAGAUAUCCGAACGGAUGCCCGGAAAUUACCAUAAAACAACUCACGUGGCAAAUUCUUCAGGGUAUCGCGUAUUGUCAUCGAUUGGGUUGCGUUCAUAGAGACGUGAAACCUGAAAAUAUUCUGAUCACAGGCGAUGGUGUAGUGAAAUUGUGCGAUUUUGGUUUCGCACGAAUGCUUAGCCCCGGUGAAAACUACACAGAAUAUGUCGCGACGAGGUGGUAUAGAGCUCCUGAACUUCUGGUUGGAGAUACUCAAUAUGGUACACCAGUCGACGUAUGGGCAAUUGGUUGCGUUUUUGCAGAGUUAAUACGAGGAGAAGCUCUGUGGCCAGGAAAGUCAGAUGUGGAUCAAUUGUAUUUAAUUAGAAGGACUAUUGGAGACUUGUUACCAAGGCAUAUAGCCGUUUUCCAACAGAACGAAUUUUUUACUGGUAUCACAUUACCAACACCUCAAACUCUCACUCCUCUUGAAGACGCUCUGCCUAACAGAGGGAAUAUCGUUCUACAACUUGACUUUCUCAAAAAAUGUUUUGACAAAGAUCCAGAUAAAAGAUGGUCUUGUGAACAACUUUUGCAACACCCAUAUUUUGAGAAUUUUCACUAUAAAAUGCCUGAAGCCGAAAUGGAAGAAUUUGAAAAACUUAAAAAAUACCGAGAUCGAUCACGGAAUAGUAAUUACAGUCAAAUGGUAUUACCACAACUUCCUAAAGCUGGUGCUUCAGUAAAUAGUCAAAAUGAAAAUCGGCCGAAAAGCUCCUCCAUGCAUCAUCAGCAGGACUUUGAUCACCUGCCUACUAUUAAAGGUUGCAAUUAAGCUCCUCUGUGAUUGUAAUAUAUUUAUAUAUAUAUAUAUAUAUAUAUUUAUUUAUUUAUUUAAACUUUGUAAAUCUUCAUUAUAAAUCAAUGAUUGUUGAUAUCUUUUAUUUUUACCUUGCACAUUUAUCUUUGAAGCUGAACAGAUUUUGUUCUAUUAGCAUGAUUUCCAUAUCAUAUAUACAUAUUUAUUAUACGUACAUUGUAUGUACAUCUUAAAAUAAAGUUUUGUAUAAAAUGAUCAGUUGUAUUAAUGAAAUAUAAGUAAUGAAACCUGAC